AUGGACACCCACGUCACCGCCACAAACCUCACCCGCCUGCUCUCCCGCCUGGACUCCAAGCUCACCACCACCACAGCCAGCACACCCCCCACAUCCCUCGAGCGCACCAAGAUAGCCUCCAACCUCGAAUACGCCCGCCAGCUCCUCCUCACACUCGAAAAGUCCGCGCCCACAAUCCGCAACCACUCCCAGCGCCAAACCCUGCUCACCAAGCUCGGCGAGCAAAAAGCGCUCAUCCGCCGCCUGAACGAGACUGUACAACUCCUCGCCCACGACGCCCCCUCCUCCGACGCCGACUCCGACUCUGGCGCCGACUCGGACGCAGAGGAUGAUGAGCCCCCCGUGUACACCGAGCAGUCCCCCGCCCUCCACGACGCCACCGAAAAAGAAGGCCUGCGCAACCGCUUCCCCAGCCAAAAGGACCAGCGCGCCACCCUCUUCAACGGCGCCUCGGAGGAGGAAGCAGACCCCGAGAAGGCGCUCGACCUGCACCGUGCAGAGCAGGAGGCGCUGACAACCGACAUGCUGACGCUCGCGCAGCAGCUCAAGGCCAACAGCAUCCGCUUCGGGCAGGAGCUGCAGAAGGAGAAGGGCCUGCUGGACCUGGCGGCCGAGGGGCUGGAUAAGAAUGUGCUCGGCAUCGAGGGCACGGGACGUAAGAUGAAUAGCCUACGGAGGGACGAGAAUGUCGGCUGGUUGUGGGGCAUAUUGUAUCCGGUUAUUAUUGCGGCGUUGAUGUUUUUGGUGUUGAUUGUGUUGUUGGUGGCGCCGAAGUUGAGGUGGUGGUAG